CAAGUGGGGGCCUGGACCCUGGGAGGCCAGGGGACUGUGAGCAGGGCCGGUGGAGCAGAGGGUGCAGAAGCGAGAGCAUCUAAGUUGGCUGGCUGACAGCUUCAAGCGACACCUGAAGGCAUUCCCAACUCAGGGAGACUGAGCUAUUGCUCACUUGCUGGACAAAAUGAUAUUCCUCACGACACUGCCUCUGUUUUGGAUUAUGAUUUCAGCCUCUCGAGGGGGUCACUGGGGCGCCUGGAUGCCCUCGUCCAUCUCGGCCUUCGAGGGCACGUGCGUCUCCAUCCCCUGCCGCUUCGACUUCCCGGACGAGCUGCGGCCUGCCGUGGUGCAUGGCGUCUGGUACUUCAACAGCCCCUACCCAAAAAACUAUCCCCCGGUGGUCUUCAAGUCUCGAACCCAAGUGGUGCACGAGAGCUUCCAGGGCCGCAGCCGCCUCCUGGGGGACCUGGGCCUGCGGAACUGCACCCUUCUGCUCAGCAGCCUCAGCCCCGAGCUGGGCGGCAAGUACUACUUCCGCGGGGACCUAGGGGGCUACAACCAGUACACCUUCUCGGAGCACAGUGUCCUGGACAUCAUCAACACCCCCAACAUCGUGGUCCCCCCGGAGGUGGUGGCAGGCUCGGAAGUGGAGGUGAGCUGCAUGGUGCCAGACAACUGCCCAGAGCUGCGCCCGGAGCUCAGCUGGCUGGGCCACGAAGGACUAGGAGAGCCCGCCGUGCUGGGUCGGCUGCGCGAGGAUGAAGGCACCUGGGUGCAGGUGUCGCUGCUACACUUCGUGCCCACUAGGGAGGCCAACGGCCACCGGCUGGGCUGCCAGGCCUCCUUCCCCAAUACCACCCUGCAGUUCGAGGGCCUAUCAGUGGACGUCAAGUACCCCCCGGUGAUCGUGGAGAUGAACGCCUCGGUGGAGGCCAUCGAGGGCUCGCACGUCAGCCUGCUCUGCGGGGCCGACAGCAAUCCGCUGCCGCUGCUGACCUGGAUGCGGGACGGCACGGUGCUCCGGGAGGCCGUGGCCGAGAGCCUGUUCCUGGACCUGGAAGAGGUGACCCCCGCGGAGGACGGCGUCUACGCCUGCCUGGCGGAGAACGCUUACGGCCAGGACAACCGCACCGUGGGGCUCAGCGUCAUGUAUGCACCCCGGAAGCCGAUGGUGAACGGGACGAUGGUGGCUGUGGAGGGGGAGACGGUCUCCAUCUUGUGCUCCACACAGAGCAACCCGGAUCCUAUUCUCACCAUCUUCAAGGAGAAGCAGAUUCUGGCCACGGUCAUCUACGAGAGCGAGCUGCAGCUUGAGCUGCCCGCCGUCACUCCUGAGGAUGACGGAGAGUACUGGUGUGUGGCUGAGAACCAGUAUGGCCAGAGGGCCACCACCUUCAACCUAUCUGUGGAGUUCGCCCCCGUGAUCCUCCUGGAGUCCCACUGCGCAGCAGCCCGGGACACAGUGCAGUGCCUGUGUGUGGUGAAAUCAAACCCGGAGCCGUCCGUGGCCUUCGAGCUGCCCUCACGCAAUGUGACCGUGAACGAGACUGAGCGGGAGUUCGUGUACUCGGAGCGCAGCGGUCUUCUGCUCACCAGCAUCCUCACGCUGCGGGGGCAGGCUCAGGCCCCGCCCCGGGUCAUCUGCACGGCCCACAACCUCUAUGGCACCAAGAGCCUGGAGCUGCCCUUCCAGGGAGCCCACCGCCUGAUGUGGGCCAAGAUCGGCCCUGUGGGAGCCGUGGUAGCCUUUGCCAUCCUAAUUGCCAUCGUCUGCUACAUUACCCAGACACGCAGAAAAAAGAACGUGACAGAGAGCCCCAGCUUCUCGGCGGGGGACAACCCCCCGGUCCUGUUCAGCAGCGACUUCCGCAUCUCUGGGGCGCCAGAGAAGUAUGAGAGUGAGAGGCGACUGGGAUCUGAGAGGAGGCUGCUGGGCCUUCGGGGGGAGCCCCCAGAGCUGGACCUGAGCUAUUCUCACUCGGACCUGGGAAAACGACCCACCAAAGACAGCUACACCCUGACGGAGGAGCUGGCCGAGUAUGCUGAAAUCCGUGUCAAGUGAGGGGGCUGGGGGCAGCCUGUGUGGCCACCCCUCCCUCAGGACCCUCACUGGCCCCUACUGGUUAUGGGCUCCCUUGCUCCCCAGAGUGGUGGGGGCUGGGGCCGGAAAGGGAGGGGGCAGGUGACAGUGAGGUCCUGGGGGCCUGGCCUCCCCUCCUUCCCAGCUGCCCCCCCGGCCCUGCCAGCACUCACCCCGCACUGUGGCUCCUCUCUAACCUCCUUUAACCUCAUCUGUCCAGAGGGGAGCUCCGUCUGUCCGUCCAUCCAUGUUAUUUAUUGCUACCCCCUGCCUGGUCUCCUGCCCCCACACCCGGCCCCAGGGCCUGUACAGAGGGACGUGAAAUAAAUACCACGAAGCCAAACACCUGGCCAGAUCCUGAUGAUUUCUGAUCCACACUAGGGGAGCCUGCCACCCCCCUCCUUGCCCUCUGCAGGGUCCUGUGUGGGGACAAAGGCCCAGGAAUUCUAACCCGGAGCCCAAGGCCACCGCCCUAAAGCUGCUCCCUCUCUGAGCUGGCAGCUGCAGGCUGGGUCUGGCCCCUCCGAUCACUCACAUCCCCUCCUGUCCCGUGCAGGUCGGGGUGUUCCGUGAGCCUGUGUUGGUUUGACCUCCAUCACUCACAUUCAUGCCAUACUCUGCAGCUAUCAGCCUUUCCAACUUUACUUUGUUGGUUCCAGAAACAUUAAGUAGGCACCAGCUGUGUUUGGAGCCCCUUCGGCAAGCUCAGGUCAUCUUGGGAAGGGACGGGACGAUGCU